CAAUCAUCGGACUUUGAACUUUUUUUAAAUUCCUUAUUUACUUUCUAUAAGUUUAAACUUUACUUUUAUCGUUUAAUAUGCAUACUUUGACAAAAAUAUUUUCAAAUAAAUUCAGCAUUUACGGUGCUGUAAUAAGGUUUGCUUCAUCGCUACCGAAAUAUGAAACCUUAACAGUGUCAGUUCCUCGGAAAAAUGUUUACCAUGUUGAGAUGAGUCGUCCUCAGAAACUCAACACGGUAAACAAAGUAAUGUGGGGGGACUUAAAAGACUGCUUUCGGGCGUUACAUGAUGAUGCUGAAUGUAGAGUCAUUGUCCUAUCUGGUCAAGGAAAACUCUUUACUGCAGGUAUUGAUUUAAACAGUUUGAUCGAGUACUUCUCAACAGCUAAUGACAUUGAAGACAUAGGCCGCCGUGGAAGAUUCCUUUACAAAUAUAUCAAAGAAUGUCAGGAUAGCAUAUCAUCACUAGAAGACUGUAUAAAGCCAGUAUUAACUGUCAUACAUGGAGCUUGUAUCGGAGCUGGUGUUGAUCUCAUCACAGCAGCAGACAUGAGGUAUUGCACAGAAGAUGCGUGGUUUCAAGUAAAGGAGGUGGAAGUUGGUCUAGCACCCGAUGUAGGAACCCUGCAAAGGUUGCCUAAAGUAAUCGGUAGCGCGUCCAUAGUAAGAGAGCUUUGUUACACAGCAAGAAAGGUGUAUGCUAAAGAAGCAUUAGACAUAGGACUGGUUAGCAAAGUAUUACCAGAUAAGGAAAGUGCAAUCGCUCACGCAUUGUCGCUGGCUGCUGAUAUAGCAUCCAAGAGUCCAGUAGCAGUACAAGCUACCAAGCAAAACCUGGUGUUCUCACUAGAGAAGACUAACGCUGAAGGACUGGAACACAUAGCACUGUUAAACACUGUGAACCACCAAAGCGAAGAUUUGACGAAGAGCGCGAUUGCUAUGGCAUCUAAAGGAGAUAAGCCGGAAUUCGAAGACUAUUAAUAAACUAUAUUUAAAAGAAAACUGUUACUAAAGUUACUACAAGUGUCAUUUGUUUUCAAUCAAUCAAUUG